CACUGGGCUGUGCCUGGCAGGGAGUCUGGAGUUUCUGGCUUCCAAGCUCAGGAAGGCAUGAGCCAGGGGAGGGGCCUCCAUGUAGGGGGAGGGCGGGAAGCUGGGGCAGGGCCCAAGUCAGCUAUGCAAAGCUGAGCAAGCAGAGGCAACACAGAACAGAAAGGAUACCAAGUCUCCUAAAACUCAGGGGAGUGGACACUCCAGCUUUGACCAUCUAAGAUACCACUCCUGCUCCGAAUAACUCCAUUUGUCAUUCUGAGGCUCUGCUUCUCCCACACCCCAGAGAUGGAGCCACUACUAGGAGUAAAAGUUGGCUGCCUGUUUGCCCUGCUGGCUCUCACUCUGGGCUGUGGCCUCAUUCCCAUCUGCUUCAAAUGGUUCCACAUUGAAGCAGCCACAGGUCGUCACCGCCGGGUCCUCAAACUCCUGGGCUGCACUUCUGCUGGUAUUUUCCUGGGAGCAGGGCUCAUGCACAUGACCGCUGAAGCCCUGGAGGGAAUUGAAUCGGAGAUCCAGAAGUUUGUGGUGCAGGUGAGCAGCAGAGAUGCGAGCUUCAGGACUAUCGAGUAUCCCUAUGGAGAGCUCAUCAUCUCCCUGGGCUUCUUUUUUGUCUUCUUUUUGGAGUCGCUGGCAUUGCAGUGCUGUCCUGCGGCUGCUGGAAGAUCAACAGAGGAGGAGGAAGAACAGAGUGGGGCUCACGUCUUUGGACUCCACAGCCACGGACCUCUACCUUCCGCCUCACGGGGUCCCCUUCGAGCCCUCAUCCUCUUGCUCUCACUGUCCUUUCACUCGGUAUUUGAAGGUCUAGCUGUGGGACUUCAGCCAACAGUAGCAGCUACUGUGCAGCUCUGUCUUGCCGUCCUGGCUCAUAAGGGGCUCGUGGUGUUUGGUGUAGGACUGCGGCUGGUGCAGACAGGCACUGGAUCACGAUGGGCCAUGUUCUCCAUACUGUCCUUAGCUCUCAUGUCCCCCCUGGGCCUAGCCCUAGGACUGGCUGUGGCUGGAGGGGAUUCUGAAGGGAGGAGGGGUUUAGCCCAGGCUGUGCUAGAGGGUGUGGCAGCUGGCACCUUCCUGUAUGUCACCUUCCUAGAAAUUCUGCCCCGGGAGCUAGCUGGUCCUGAGGCUCCUCUAGCCAAGUGGGGCUGUGUAUUUGCUGGUUUUGCCUUCAUGGCCUUUAUUGCCUUGUGGGCCUGAGAGAUUUCUGACUUUUCUGAUGGACCUAUCUAGGAUGGCCUCCCAACCCCCAGGAGACACCUCCCAAAUGACUUUGGCCCUCGGACAUUUCUUCACUGGGACUAGAGGAUAUUCACUAGGCUCAUCCUAUAGAUUGGACCCCUGCUUUUCCCUACAUGAGAUCCCAUUCCCGACCCAGCUCUGAGAAAAGAAUGUUUAGGCUGAGUGCUUAUUAAUUGGAGAAUUGUUAUAAAGACCAUCACUCCAGAUUUGACUUUCAUCCCAUUUAUGCUACCAUGAGUAAUAAAAUGCCCAUUUUACCCUUA